UAUGGGUACACUCGCAAUGGCCGCAAUCAUUGAUAUGAAUGAGGAGGCCCUUUCUAUUCACUCUAUUUCUAUGGGCUACACACCAUCAUAAACACAGGAGGAGUUUGGCUCGACACAGGCAUGCUCUGGUCUCCACAGUAUGGGGAAGGAGACUUGGAUAAGGCAGGAAUGAGAGAAGGUCUUGCCUCCCUUGGAAUUGUAGUGCUUUACUGGAAGGUCCUUAGUCGGCAGGGGAAUGCACAGAGAGACAAAGACGGUAGGAGAGGGAGGAGGAGUGGAGAUGUCAAUGUGACACAGUGGAGAAAAGAAAGUGACACAGCAGAAAAUUACUGGGUGAGUUUCCAUGAAGAGGAGAAUGCAAGUCUUUAAGAGGCAACAGUAAAUGAACACAGUUAAUUGAAUCAGUGAUUCAUUCAAAUGUGAAAUAUGUGCAUUUGGUAAAAGAGAGCAAAGGAGAGAGACAGAAAGAAGAACAUUAGCCAGAAGAAAGAGAGAGGAAAACAACAAGUCAAGGAACCCUUGGUGAGUAAACAGUCACCCAGUCCCUAGAUAGAUCCUUCAACAGUAUCUCAUCAUGGUGAACCUGGACCUGAGGUCUCUCACCCUGCCGGUGGGCAUCAUCCGUAUGUUGGAGGUGGUCCUCACCUGUAUCACCUUCAGUCUGGUGGCCUCGGCAGGCCAUGUGCUCUCCACACACUGGGACUGGUGCAUGUUCACCUGGUGCUUCUGCUGCUUCUUCUCCCUCUUCAUCCUCAUCAUGGAGUUCACCCGCUUCAGCGCCAAGGUGCCCAUCUCCUGGGAUGACUUCACCACGGCCUUCGCCGUGCUGGCCACACUAAUGUGUUUCACCUCCUCCAUCAUCUACCCCACCUUCUUCACCUGCCCCACCUGCUACCGCCAGAUUGCUGCCACCGUCAGCUCCCUACUCUGUUUUGGAUUGUACGUCGGCGAGGUGGUGUUGGCCCGCCUCCGGCCCGGUGGUGAGAUCAGUGGCUUCCUGUCCACUGUCCCGGGCCUCCUCAAGAUCCUGGAGACUCUGCUGGCCUGUAUUAUCUUUACGUCGCUGGAUCCGGCAAGGUUUCUGUUUCAUCCGGGACUGCAGUGGUGCGUGGCGGUUUAUUCCCUCUGCUUCAUCUUCGCACUCGUCAUCAUCUUCCUCACCGUCGGUCAGCUGCUGUCGCUCUUCCCCUUCUCGUUUGACAAACUGCUCACGGUCUAUAAUAUUCUGGCCACCAUGAUGUACAUGACUGCCAUGGUCAUCUGGCCGCUGUAUAGUUUCGAGAACAACCCCCGGCCCGUUCCGUGUUCCCCCUGUCCCUGGGACAAUCUGGUUGUGGUGACGUUCAUGACCGUGAUCAACCUGGUGAUCUAUAUUUUGGAUACGAUCUACUCGAUAAAGGUGGUCUUCUUCAAAUUGGAUGAGGAAUAGGCCAGAUUCUCAGGAACCUUCACUCCAACUUUUCCAGAACCGGUCAAUGACUGACACACUAUCAUAUUGCAUGGAGAAACUACUGUUUACUGAAUAAGAAACUCCAGCACGUUGGUAAUCUUGAUUCUCCACAUAUGGUUGAAAAGAUCCAUUUCAUUUCUAGAGAAUGAAGAGUUUAUUUUCAAAUCAAUGACUGAGAGCUUGGAAGAAGAACAAUUGCAGAACGUUGGCAGAACAUUUGCUGAUGUCUUUUGCUUCAGACAUGUGGAAGAUAUUUAGUUAUUCCUAUAACACUGUAAAUGAACUCUUAUUGCAGAUGAGGAUUCUACAGGCAAGGACACACUGUUUAUCACUUGUAGCUAUUAAAGUGUGCAGUAGGAAGCUGA